GUGCGCGCGCCGCGCAGGCGCACUUCCGCUCAUCCCGCGGAGGCUGCGGCGGCCGUGGCGUCCACCUCGCGCGUGAUGGUCCCCGGGUCUGAGGGCCCGGCCCGCGCCGGGGGCCUGGUGGCUGACGUGGUGUUUGUGAUUGAGGGCACGGCCAACCUGGGGCCCUACUUCGAGGGGCUCCGCAAGCACUACCUGCUACCGGCCAUCGAGUAUUUUAAUGGUGGUCCUCCGGCCGAGACGGACUUCGGGGGAGACUAUGGAGGGACCCAGUACAGCCUUGUGGUGUUCAACACGGUGGACUGCGCUCCUGAGUCCUACGUACAGUGCCACGCUCCCACCAGCAGCGCUUAUGAGUUCGUCACCUGGCUCGAUGGCAUUAAGUUCAUGGGCGGGGGCGGCGAGAGCUGCAGCCUCAUCGCAGAAGGCCUCAGCACGGCCCUGCAGCUGUUCGACGACUUCAAGAAGAUGCGAGAGCAGAUUGGCCAGACACACCGCGUCUGCCUCCUCAUCUGUAACUCGCCUCCGUACCUGCUGCCCGCUGUCGAGAGCACCACGUACUCCGGGUGCACGACGGAGAGCCUCGUGCAGAAGAUCGGGGAGCGAGGGAUCCACUUCUCCAUCGUGUCUCCCCGGAAGCUGCCUGCCCUGCGGCUUCUGUUCGAGAAGGCAGCUCCCCCUGCCAUGCUGGAGCCGCUGCAGCCACCGACAGACGUGAGCCAGGACCCACGGCAUAUGGUGCUGGUGCGGGGGCUGGUGCUGCCAGUCGGGGGCGGCUCGGCCUCAGGCCCCCUCCAGCCAAAGCAGUCUGUUCCCCUGCCUCCAGCUCCACCCUCUGGCGCCACGCUCUCGGCGGCCCCCCAGCAGCCUCUGCCGCCUGUUCCCCAGCAGUACCAGGUUCCCGGGAACCUGAGUGCAGCUCAGGUGGCCGCCCAGAAUGCAGUGGAGGCCGCCAAGAACCAGAAGGCCGGGCUGGGCCCGCGCUUCUCGCCCAUCAACCCUCUCCAGCAAGCAGCUCCAGGAGUGGGUCCCCCCUUCAGCCAGGCCCAGGCCCCUCCGCUGCCCCAGGGGCCCCCUGGCGCCCCCAAGCCAUCCUCCGCUUCCCAGUCCAGCCUGGUCUCCACGGUGGCCCCUGGCCAAGGCCUGGCCCCCAGCGCGCAGCCUGGGGCUCCAUCUAUGGGCGGCUCGGUGGCCCCGGGCGGGGUGAGCGGGCCCACCGCCCAGCUGGGCCCCUCGUCCCUUGGAGGGCAGCAGUCAGUCUCCAACAAACUCCUGGCCUGGAGUGGGGUCCUUGAGUGGCAGGAGAAGCCCAAACCCGCCUCCGUAGACGCCAACACCAAGCUGACACGGUCGCUGCCUUGCCAGGUCUACGUGAACCAUGGCGAGAACCUGAAGACAGAGCAGUGGCCUCAGAAGCUGAUCAUGCAGCUCAUCCCGCAGCAGCUGCUGACCACGCUGGGCCCUUUGUUCCGGAACUCCAGGAUGGUCCAGUUCCACUUCACCAACAAGGACCUGGAGUCGCUGAAAGGCCUCUACCGCAUCAUGGGCAACGGCUUCGCGGGCUGCGUGCACUUCCCGCACACGGCGCCCUGCGAGGUGCGUGUGCUCAUGCUGCUGUACUCGUCCAAGAAGAAGAUCUUCAUGGGCCUCAUCCCCUACGACCAGAGCGGCUUCGUCAACGGCAUCCGGCAGGUCAUCACCAACCACAAGCAGGUCCAGCAGCAGAAGCUGGAGCAGCAGCGCGGGAUGGGGGCCCAGCAGGCGCCCCCUGGGCUGGGCCCCAUUCUGGAGGACCAGGCAAGGCCCUCGCAGAAUCUGGUGAGGACAGGGCCAGCGGGGUCAGGGCCAGGGCGGGGGAGGCCCCGAGGCCACUGCAGUUGUGACCCGCCGUGGAGCGGAGGGGUGCGGGGCCGUCUCUCACCCGCGUCUCCCCCCACCAGCUCCAGCUCCCCGCCCCCUCCUGGACCCAUCCUCCGACCCCAGAACCCGGGGGCCAACCCUCAGCUGCGGAGCCUCCUGCUCAACCCACCACCGCCCCAGGCUGGGGUCCCCCCUCCACAGGCUCCCCUCCACCACCUCCAGCCACCAGGGGCCCCCCCAAUGCUGCCCCCGCCUCACCAGGGCCUGGGGCAGCCCCAGCUGGGCCCCCCGCUCUUGCACCCGCCGCCCACCCAGUCCUGGUCCGCGCAGCUUCCCCCGAGGGCUCCGCUGCCAGGUCAGAUGCUGCUGAGCGGGGCUCCCCGGGGCGCGGUCCCCCAGCCGGGCCUGCCGCCCAGCGUCAUGGAGGACGACAUUCUCAUGGACCUCAUCUGAACCCCCAGCACCCAAUAAAGUUCCUUUCAACACGC